CACGUCCGGCGCCUGACAAUGCACGAAACGUUGAUGUUGGUGUUGAUCUGUGUUUGGUAAAAUGGCCGAGAACGACAUAGAUUUAUAUGGUGACGAUAUUGACCAGGAUUUCGCCCAAGACGAAUAUAGCGGUGAAAACGUUGACUUAUACGACGAUGUCAUUGCCACCGGAGCGACCAACAAUGCGGAAAACUCGGACGGAAAGUUUGAGGGGCCUGAAGGCACGAAUGGGACUUCGGUACCUACAGUGGCUCACACUACAUCUGGCCGAAGAUUGCAGCUGUACGUAGGAAAUCUCACAUGGUGGACUACAGACCAAGACAUUGCAAAUGCGGUGCAUAGCAUCGGCAUUAAUGAUUUUCAUGAGGUAAAGUUCUUUGAACAUCGACAUAAUGGCCAGAGCAAGGGAUUUUGCGUUAUUUCUCUGGGUUCGGACAGUAGUAUGAGGAAAUGUCUGGAACUGAUGCCCAAAAAGGAGCUGAAUGGUCAAAGUCCUCAUGUUACACUUACAACGAAACAGGCAUUGUCGAUUUUCGAGAGUCAAUCGAAAACGCGCCCCACUCCGGCCAACAACUCGAAUUCAAGGCCUUCACAUCCCAGUGGAGGCAAUCAGGGUUCGAUGCAAAAUUUCGGAAACCGAAUGCCGAUGAAUCAGGGACCGAUGCGCGGGCCCCCCAUGGGUCCCCCUGGAAUGCAAGGUAAUGCCCGAUUUGGUGGUCCAAGAAUGCAAGGACCGCCCGGUUUUAACGGCCCGCCCAACAUGCAGCAACAGCCUCCGAGGUUUCAAGGACAGCCACAAUGGAACGGCCCUCCGAGACCGAACGGGCCGCCCGGCCCCCCUAAUAUGGGGCCGAUGCGUACGGGACCAGGCGGUCCGCCGCCUGGACCGCAAGGCCCCCCUAGACCUGGCCCGCCUAUGUUUCAAGGACCCCCACAAGGACAGCCGCCCCGAAUGCCUCAACAAGGACCGCCGCCAGGACCUCCGGGAAUGCGACCCGAUUGGAACAGGCCCCCGAUGCAGCAAGGUUUCCCUCAAGGGCCACCACCAAUGCAAGGCCCCCCGAGAGGGCCUCCGCCUAUGCAGGGGCCUCCAGGUGUAGGCGGGCCGCCUCAAGGCCUCCCUCAAGGACCUGCCCCGCACGUAAAUCCAGCAUUCUUUCCUCCUACCGGAGGCCCUCCUCCCAUGCAAAUGGGCCCUGGACCUGGACCAGUUAUGCAGCAAGGACCGCCACAUGGACCGCCGCACGGUCCGUCGAUGGGCCCUCAACAACCGCCCCAACAUGGUCCGCCCCACGGAUACGGACCGCCCAAUAACAUGUCGCAGCAGCCGUAUGGGGGACCGCCGCCCGAACAUCGGCCGGAUAUUCCACCAAUAAGCGAGCAGCAUUUCUUUCAGGAGUUUGAGGAUAUAAUGUCGAGAAAUCGUACUGUGUCUUCAUCAGCCAUUGCUAGAGCUGUGUCUGAUGCUGCUGCUGGUGAAUAUGCCAGUGCUAUCGAAACUCUGGUAACAGCCAUAUCCUUGAUCAAGCAGUCGAAAGUAGCGAACGACGAUCGUUGUAAGAUUUUGAUCAGUUCAUUGCAAGAUACUCUGCGAGGCGUGGAGGAUAAAAGCUACAGUUCGUCGAGGCGUGAUCGGUCCAGAUCGCGGGACAGAGCGCACCGCAGAGGAAGGCGUGAGCGCUCCUCCUCACGAUAUCGUGAACGCAGCAGGGACCGAGAACGCGACAGGGAUCGCGAAAGGGAGCGCGAUAGAGACCGAUACUACUCCGACAACUACAGGGAGCGCGACCGGGAGCGGGAACGUUCUCGAAGUCGCGGCGAAAGAGUGGAACGCGAAAGAGAGUACCGAGAGCGGGAACCCGAAGAGCCAAGAGUGUCGCGACCACGAAAUAAAUCGCCGGUGGAAGCUGCUGAGCCAGCUGGAGAUGCACCUCCAUCAAAAUCCCGAUACUACGAGGAGCGUUCAUAUCGAGAGAGAGAGAGGGAGCGAGAACGUGGAGAACGGGAAUCAGGACGUAGUCGCGACACCGAGAGGGAAAGGGAUAGGGAUCGAGAACGGCGAGAAGAGUCCCAUCGUUCUAGACAUUGAAAAAUCGCGCAAAUUUGGAGAAAAUGGCACGUGGGUGGUUGCUUCUUGGUCAAGUUUCUUUUUCAUUUUUCGCCACUUCUCCAAUUACAUUCGUUAUAUUUAACCUUUCAAAGUAUAUCGACUAGAGUACCAGACAUUUUUAUUUUGUUGAGUAUCAAGCAUUCAUGAUACCGCAUUAUUUUUUAAUCCAUCACAGUCAAUCAUUUCAAUCGCUUGUCUUUAAGUGAAAAAGGUACAUUAAUGACGUGGGACACCAAGUUAUAUUCGUAUUACCGACGCUUGGAUGAGUUACCCCAGAUGCAAAGAGGAUGGCCAGCAGCCGAAAAGAAGAAUGUAUGACUUGGAUUAAAAGAUAUAUUUGGAAAAUACA